AUGACGCAAUACGCAGCAGCAAAACAAACUCUAUUGAACACUUUUGGUGAAUCCGAUGAAUCAAGAAUUCGCAAACUUCUCCACGGCCAAUCGUUAGGAGACAACAAACCCACACAAUUUCUCCAAAAACUUAAAAAUCUUGCAUCAGGACAUGUUGGUGAUACAGUCUUGAAAAGUAUUUUCCUUGAGCAAAUGCCAGAUCAAAUUAGGACAAUUUUGUCAGUCACAGAUUGCUCAAUCCAGGUUUUAGCAGAACAAGCUGAUAAAAUUUUUGAAGUCCUUAAGCCCCCAAAUGUUUGCGAAAUAAAGAAUCAAGCUGAAGCGUCAUUACCACAAUCGAUUAUAUCAGAAAUCACAUUAAGACAACUUUCGGAACAAAUUAAAGCACUUGAAAGUAAGAUCGAAAAGCUUCAAGGUAAGAGAAACAGAUCUCUAUCACGUGAUUCGACAUCAUUCAAAAGCAAUAGAUCCGAUUCUCGUUCACGAAAAUGGUGUUGGUAUCAUCGUCGUUUUGGAGAAAGAUCCACAAAAUGUACUUCGCCAUGUUCAUAUGCAAAAAACUAA